AUGGUAACUCCGAGCCAGUCCUUCACCGUCUUCCCUAUGCUCCCCGCUGAGCUGCGUUUCCAUGUAUGGGAAGACGCGCUUCCAACGAUCACAGAGGACGCGACCAUGUAUCCGUGUGACUAUUAUGACAUACCGUUCAGUCCACAAACAGCAGAGCGAAACGACGCCUCGUCGCAGAUUUACUACCCUGAUAGAUCAAGGCAUGGCUUGAUUGCAUUGCCACAGCUCUAUGUGAACUGGGAAGCUCACAGUAUCGCGAGGAAAUGGGUCGACAAGCAUCGCCCUUUACGGAAGCGCUAUUUUCACAAGGGCAGUUACCUCUUCAUUCGUCCCUUCCGUCCUCAGAAGGAUGUCCUCUACUUGAUUUACCAAAGCCCUCACCACGAACUAAUGCUCUUGCCUCAGUUCUUUCAAAAGCUGAGGAGGCUGUCUGUCAGUCGCGCUGCGAUAUCGGAGACCAUGUUCCUGGAGGAUCAAAAUAAGGAGGGGUUCCUCUGCCUUUGCAAGAUCCGUACACUGGAGGUGCUGUACAUUGUCACCGGCGAGAACCCAUCUCCAUAUCGCAGCAAAGUUUCAAAUAGGCAGAGACUGACGGAGCGGUGGGAGACCCACGGCCCCAGUCAGUGGAUCUUUCGUUGGGAGGCUGGCAAGCUUCUAGUGCCUCCGCUCAUUUCCAGACCGAUGGGUAGCGUGGUUCUAUACAAAGCACUAGGAAAGGUGUUCCUUCGUGCUGUUAAACGCGCGGUUGAAAUUGACAAAAGAACAUUUAGCAUCGAGCUUGUGCGCGCGGUCAAGGUGUAA